AUGCAUUCUCACGCAAUCACCCUCUUCUCCCUACUCUCUCUCGGCGCCGCCACCCCCAUCAUCGCCAAUCGCCAGGCCAACGCCUGUUUUGUCGUAGGCAACACCGCGCUCCCAGCCGAAGUCGCCGACGUCGCAACCUCUCUAGAAAAUACCGUCACCUGUUCCGCGACCGCAAAGACACUCUCCAACGUCCCCGACGUCACAUCCGGCGGCGUGACCUUUUCCUCCAUCGACUUCAGCAAAUCGCCCGACUCGCCCCUGGCCUUUGCCCUCAAGGAAUUCGCGACCGCAAACCCCCUCGCCAACACCGAUUUGCAGCAGUUCCAGGAUAGCUUGAAUGUAUAUCUUGCCACUGAGGCGGGUAUUCGCAGCACGGGCGGCAAUCUUGCGAUCAAGGUGCCCAAGUUCUUCUUGCAGAUGCAGCGGCUGGGCAGCAGGUUGAUCAUCUGA